AUGGAAUAUUGCGCACUUAUCGACCAUGUUCUGAACAAGAACAGCCCACUACUCACGGCGUCCCAAAUCGCAAGUCUGGAUCGUACGCAGUCAGAAUACGAAGACUUCGCCGAUGCCCAUAUCGAACAUUACGCGCAGCAGUCCUGUCGGGCAUUGUGUACCGCCAUGCAACAUAAGCUUCCCCGCGAGCUCCGCGAUAUGAUCUACGACCACAUCCUCUCCCCUGCUCGAGAUGAACCGGUUUUCAUCAACAACGAAUACUUCGAUGACGUCGACGAGCCAUAUCGGGAGACUGUUGCGGUUUUCGCCGAGCAACGCGGACACGGAUACGCGCAUAUGUGUAGGGAGGGAUUUGUUGAUCUCGACACUAUGAGCGAGUUUGCACGUCGCUGGUAUUAUCAUACCAAAUUGUGGCUGUAUCUCACACCUACGGAGGUCGCUGAGUUCUUCGAGACUGAUAUCUGGGGUCUCGGUCUGGAAGGCGAUCGUCUAUUGCGCCAUCUCGAAGUCGAAUUGUGCGGAACAGAAUACGAAGAUAAUGUCACUCCGCUCCAGCAGUGUCUCGUCAAGCUCGCGCCUGGCGCAUCGAUCGUUUUCCACCUGCGAGUAGAUUACAUUUAUGGCCCAGGUGAGUACACGUAUGACGAGGAAUUCACCAUGUGCCUCCUCUCCGAACGCGUGAGCGCGCUAUUUCCUCUGAUGCGGCAGCUGAUCGAGGCUGGCUAUGAGUUGUAUGGGGCGCUGGAUGGGUAUGAAGACUUUCGCGUCACUCCCGCCACUCUGGACCGAGAAAUUUGGAAAGAUACGCUGAUAGCGCAUUGCGAAGGCCGUGAUGGACCUGUUGACUCAGAAGGUAUAUUGGAAGCUGCUCGCCAACAUCUGCAACCACAAACUCUGAAUCAUCAAUCCAAGCACAAGAUGAACUCAAAAGUCUUCCAAUGGGAGCGCACUGUCGCUUCGGGCACCUACCUCAUAUCCUCCGACCGGUCGCUCCUUCCGUACACCUUCGUCCAGGAAGCCUACGCGACGGACGCAAUGUUUUGGGCGAAACCGCUCUCUUUCACGGACCUGUCGACCAUGCUUGACAACAGUCUCACCCUCGGUGUGUACUCUGUCUCGGACGGCGUCAAGAAGCCUAUUGGCAUGGCGCGCUUCAUUACCGACUACACAACGCUCGCCUACCUCACAGACGUCUACCUCGUCCCCGAACACCAGGGCCAAGGACUCGGCAAAUGGCUCAUCGCAUGCUGUCGCGAGAUCUGCGCCGGAAUGGAAAACCUCCGGUGGAUGGUCCUCUUGACCGGCGGCGAGCAAGCGCAAGCACUCUACAGGAAGGAAUUGGGCAUGACAAAGCUUGACGGGGUGGAGGAGGGGCUGGUUUGUAUGGGGGCUCGGCGGGCAAAACUCACCGAAGCAGCGGGCGCUCCGCCCUCAGCAUAG